UUUCAUUUCAUUUAAAUCACGUGUCUUCAGUAGUGCAGGGAGAUUGAUUCCACAUGACACAUAAUGGAUUUAACACGCUUCUGUACAGUAGCUCUUCACUUAGCCGCUGUGAGAAAGAAGCAGAAUGCUCUACAUUAGCUAAAGAAUGGAUGAACUGGCCUGGAUCACAGAGUUCAUUUGUCCUUUUACUCUCACUGAGGGUAUAAGAACCAAAUGAUCCUUUUUUAUUACCUCUUUUUAAAGGUUUUUGUGGUUAUUUGAAUACACUUUUGUCUUCUCAAGGGUUGAGUGGUAACAAAUUUAGAAAAUGUCUCCACUAUUUAAACACAUUGGUACCCGCUGGAUGUGUUUAGAAUUCUAUCUCUGUGAGUGCAGUUAGACUACCCAAAUGACCAAGACAUACUGAUUACUGCACUUCUCUUUAGUCUCUCAGUGACAACAUUGAGCCUCUAGUGGAUUAAAAUCACCACACAGUCUAAUGUGACUGACCCCAGUUUUUAAUAGCAUUUUUGUGGACUCAACAGCCGCAGCGGGAAGGCAGAGACUAUUAUGCAACAGAGAGACAAUGUGACUACAUGUACUCAUCUCUAAUAAAGGGCGUGAUUGUAAUUAUUUGUAGCAUGGUAAAUUAAUAAUCGAAGUUAAGCACCUGGGAGAGUGAUGCAAGGAGAGCUAAUGUGCAACAGGAGCUGUGAAGGAAAAGCGGGAGAGCGAUUCGGCCUCAUCUUGGCUAUCACGUUACCUCAGCCCACAUGAUACAUGGAGAUGCUGGCCUCUCUCUUAUGGCCCCCAUGACUCUGCCUCCACUCACUUACUCUAAAACCGACACGCCUCUUCUUCAUACCAGAGCCAACUGUGUGAUAGCACAGGUGACCUUGUACAGCUCAUUUUUUGAAGAUGAUUUGACAUAACAAGGAUAGAUACGAGUUACCAGAGGAGCUAAGGAUGGAAAUGUAUCUUUAUUGAGUGUAAAGUCACUCAGAGACCUUCAGUUGUCCUGGAGAUAUCGCAUCGCAGAAGAAGCAGAAAAGAUUUUAUCAGGAAGAUCAAGAAAAACAGGCCAAAGAUCGAGCUGAGGCAGAUGAUUGCAGAAGCCAAACAAGGGCAAAGCACUGCAAGAGCCAUGUGGGAGGAGAGUGAGGGAGUUUUGCUAUUCGCACACAUCAAGCCUAAACGCUUUCUCUACUGACAUACACUGAACAUUUUCAAGCCGUCCUCCAGAGCUUCUCCUCAGGGGGAGCCCCUGCUAUGAACCCCAGCUCCCUUCACUUCAGCAGGCAGUCCAACCUCAGUGCCAGGCGCUGUGUGGGCAUCCCACAAGUCUGGGUUCUGCCCACACAGGACUCUCAGACUGCCCCUGAAAAAAAAGAAUGAAAUACUCCUGAGUCACUCCUCUGCAUGGUGGCUCUCCUAUCUAUUGUUAAAUAGGUCUGUUGUGAAGUUUUGCCUGCCUCUUCUCUAGCAGGUUCCAUUUUUAGUGAAAACCCCGUCCAACUCCUCCACCAACUCCUUUUCAGUCACCACUUCAUUAUAAUUUGCGUUCCAAUAAAGCAGCAGCACGAGUUCCUUUGUGCUCACCACGUGGUGGAGGACCAUGGGAUGUCGUCAGAGCUCGGAGGAGAAGGAAGCUGCGCGGCGCUCAAGGCGAAUCGACCGGCACUUGCGGUCAGAGAGUCAGCGGCAGCGGCGUGAGAUCAAGCUAUUGUUGCUGGGCACCAGCAACUCGGGCAAGAGCACCAUUGUCAAACAGAUGAAGAUCAUCCACAGCGGAGGCUUCAACCUGGAGGCAUGCAAGGAGUACAAGCCCCUCAUCCUGUACAAUGCUAUCGACUCACUCACCCGCAUCAUCCGUGCCCUCACCACCCUCAAGAUUGACUUUCACAAUCCUGAUCGCGCCUACGAUGCUGUGCAGCUCUUUGCACUCACAGGGCCGGCAGAGAGCAAAGGGGAGAUCACUCCAGAGUUGUUAGGGGUCAUGAAACGUCUGUGGGCUGACUCAGGUGUCCAGGAGUGCUUUCAACGGUCCAAUGAGUACCACUUAGAGGAUAACACUGCCUACUACCUGAAUGACCUGGACCGCAUCUCUGCACCUGAGUAUAUCCCUACUGUGGAGGACAUUUUGCGUUCCCGCGACAUGACCACCGGCAUUGUGGAGAACAAGUUCACCUUCAAGGAGCUCACCUUCAAGAUGGUUGAUGUGGGUGGACAACGUUCAGAGAGAAAGAAGUGGAUCCACUGCUUUGAGGGCGUGACUGCAAUCAUUUUCUGUGUCGAGCUAAGUGGCUAUGACCUCAAACUCUAUGAGGACAACCAGACGAGCCGCAUGGCGGAGAGCUUGCGCCUGUUUGACUCCAUCUGCAACAACAACUGGUUCACCAACACAUCGCUCAUCCUCUUCCUCAACAAGAAGGACCUGUUGGCGGAGAAGAUCAAACGCAUUCCUCUGACAGUGUGCUUCCCUGACUACAAAGGUCAGAACACCUAUGAGGAGGCAGCUGUCUAUGUCCAACGGCAGUUUGAGGACCUCAACCGCAACAAGGAGACCAAGGAGAUCUAUUCGCACUUCACCUGUGCCACUGACACCAGCAACAUCCAGUUUGUGUUCGACGCUGUCACGGACGUGAUCAUCCAGAACAAUCUCAAGUACAUUGGGCUGUGCUAGGACCUGAGGCUGGGUGGGUGUUUGGGGGAGGGCUGGGGGUAUGUGGUGGCGGUGGCAGGUGGGGUGGGGGUGGCUGAAGUUGUUGGCCCGCCAUCAGACUGGACAAACAAAAGGCAUGUCAGUCUGCCUGCCGGUUUAUCUCUUUAAAGAGGUGCAACAGAGAACUGUGAGUGAAGAUGGUCAGAGAUGGACGACCCUGUAGAUUACUGUAGGAGUGUUUCAGUUGAAACAACAGAGUUGAUGGGCCAUGGUCAAGAUGGGAGUUUUUAAUGUGUUUGCACUGAAUAUGAGUAUGCAGAGACACCCACCCAUACGCACACACAUACACACACACACACACCUAUGUUUGCUCACACACAAGAUCCUUGCAUCAACAGUCUAGUACUUGUUUGACAAGGCAACACUGGAAAUUUUAGACAGCUACUCCUACCUGCCUGCCAAACCUGAGGUAGUAGGUCUGUACUGGUGGUCUUUGGUUACAUUUGUCUAUUUUAUCUUAUUUGCCAGAAUCAAUUAAUGCUGCUUUACAAGAAGAAUUUUGACAGAAUCAAUGUUCUCUGUUGGAUUUUCACCCUAACAAUGGUAACCAGUGAGUGCACCUGAUGAAACAUGAGGAGACAGCCUGUAUUUCUGAGGGAAAAAAAAAAAAAAUGUCAGUAGACAUGAUGUCACAGGGUUUCUGCCUAAAAGAGGAAACUGC